AAGUCACAAAUUGUUCCUUUGGUUGCAGGAGUAAUUCAUUGCAGAACACCAAUAUUCCACACUCAGCAUUUAUUUCUCCAAAGAUAGUAAAUGAGAAAGAUGUCGAACAAGUAAGUUGUGUAGAAACACAGGACAAUCAUAACUCAGAAGGAGAGGCAAGAAGUUGCUGUGAAACGUCUGUCAGACAGGACUCUGAUUCAUCACUCUCAGAUAAACAGCGGCAAACCAUCAUCAUUGCUGACUCCCCGAGUCCUGCUGUGAGUGUGAUCACUAUUAGCAGUGACACCGAUGAGGAAGAGGCAUCUCCCAGACAUUCACUCAGAGAAUGCAAAGGUAGUCUAGAUUGUGAAGCUUGCCAGAGCACUUUGAAUAUUGACCGGAUGUGUUCGCUAAGUAGUCCUGAUAGUACUUUGAGCACCAGCUCCUCAGGGCAGUCUAGCCCAUCGCCUUGCAAGAGGCCAAACAG